AUGGCGUCCGCUCUGCUUGCCAGCCGGAAUGAGCCGUACUGGGGAGAACGGAAGGUGUAUAUGAGGAAAAACCCUAACCCUAACCCUAAAUCAAACCCUAACCCUAACCCUAAUUCUAAGAAGCUGAUCUUAGAUCCGUUAGACCAGAUCCAUGUCCGGCAACCCGAAGAACCGACGACCGUCGCCGCAGCGGCCGCUGCCGCCUCCGACGACUCGUCAUCGCUCAACCGGAAAUCGAUCAGCCUCAACCGGAAGGAAUCUGCCCCGGCCGCUGCCACCGCUGGAUACAUCACCUUCAACAUCGCUGCGUAUUCGAGGCGGGAGCUUCGAGAUCUGAAGAAGCGCCUGGUCUCGGAGCUAGAGAAGGUCCGGAGCUUGAGCCACCGGAUUGAUCGAGAAUUCCAGUCUAGAUCUGGAUACAGCGCAUCUCAGUUCUCCGGGAACUACUGCGGCGGCCGCGAGGUGACGUCUGCACGCCCCCCCGCGCUGAAUCUCUCGGCGUUGGAUGGGGCUCCUUUCUCCGAUGGAGCUAAGGAGAAGCGGACACCAAAGGCAAACCAGUACUACCGGCCGUCCGAGUUCCUGAUCGGGAAGGAGAAGCUGCCGCCUCCUCCAGAGGCCAAGAAAGCUUCUGGAAGCAAGCGGCCCCUGGCCCCGCCGGUGUUGGCUCGCGAUCCAAAGCGUCCGGCGUCUGAGUCAUCCACCGGGAACUUUCUUACCUCUGCGAUGAAGAAGUGCAGCCAGAUCUUGAUAAAGCUGAUGAAGCACAAGCACGGCUGGAUCUUCAAUGUUCCUGUUGAUGUUGUCGGCAUGGGCCUCCAUGAUUACCACCAGAUCAUCAAGCAUCCGAUGGAUCUAGGGACUGUGAAGUCGAAAAUGAUGAAGAAUCUCUACAAUUCGCCGCUUGAGUUUGCUGCAGAUGUGCGGCUGACCUUCAACAAUGCGCAGAUUUACAAUCCGAAGGGCCACGAUGUGUAUGCUGCGGCAGAACAGCUCCUGGGCCGCUUUGAGGAGAUGUUCAGCCCUGUGUACAGGGGGUAUGAGGAUGAGCUGCGGACAAUUGAGAUGGAGGAGAUCCGGCGAAAUUCGUGGAACCAGAUCCCUGCAACGACACCGGAGAGUGUCAAGAGGCCUGACCCGAGUCCAACACCAACUCCAACUCCUCCAGCCCCUAUGUUGAACCCACCACCGAUCCAAAACCCCUCACCGGCCUCAGCCAAGCCCUCGAUGAUGAGACCAAUGACAGGGAAGCAGCCAAAGCCAAAGGCAAAAGACCCUAACAAGCGGGAGAUGAGCUAUGAUGAGAAGCAGAAGCUGGGCAUGAACCUUCAGAGCCUCCCAGCGGAGAAGAUGGACCAGGUGGUGCAGAUUAUAAAGCGGAGAAAUCCCAAUCUGUCUCACCAUGGGGAUGAGAUCGAGGUUGAUAUUGAGGUUGUUGACACGGAGACACUGUGGGAACUCGAUCGGUUUGUGUCUAAUUGCAAGAAGAUGAUGAGCAAGUUGAAGAGGCAGGCGCUUGCCACAAACCAGAUCAUGGCAUCCGCCCCUGAGGGCAACAAGGUAAUAAGAUCGAAUACCUCGGAUCAUACAAAAUCCCAUGAAAUCCUUCUUGAGUAUUUGAUUGCUGAUGUGAAUUUGCAUGUUUUACAGUCUCCUCCUCCUGCGGUUGACACAACUGAGGAAGCUGCAUCCGCAAAGAAGGGCAGCAAGAAAGGGGAAAUAGGUGAGGAAGAUGUUGACAUUGGUGAGGACAUGCCGUCAACAAACUUCCCGCCGGUUGAGAUAGAGAAGGACACUGCUGGGAACGCCAGCCGGUCAAGCAGCUCUAGCAGCUCCAGUAGCGAUUCUUCAUCAUCCAGUGAUUCGGAUUCAGGCAGCUCGUCGGGGAGUGAUUCCGAUGCGGAUGAUGCACAAUCGCCAUUGGCAGGAUCAAAAGCCACUUCCCCGAGAAGCUAGAUGGUUGUGAUCUGGUGGGGCAAGCCUUGAUUUGGGGUCAGCAGAGUGGGAAAAGCUGGUGUUGAAGAAAUAUGGGUGAGAGCGAGGUAUGGCAUAAUACUCAACUGCCUUUAUUACUCUUGUUGAUGAUGAUGUUAGAUAGAUAGAUAGACUACAGAGGAAAAUGGAGAUCUGAGGAUUUGUGGGUUUUUCUUUUUUCUUCUUUUUCGUCCUUUUGGUUGCAGUUUUAAGGAGGGAAUGUGGCUGGCAAUGUGUAUCAUAUGUAAAGAGAGGACCAAAGAAGAAGGUAGAUUAGGGUUAGGUCAGAUUUAGAUGAUAGAGAGAGAGGGAGAGAGAGAGAGAGAGAUUUUGUACCAUACAGAAAAGGGCUGAUGAUUUUCCCAUCAAAAGGCUUUUGGCAAAAAUAUAAUUCUUUCUUGUUUUUCCAGAGAGACAGUGAUCAAUGGGCCCACUACCGUCCAUCAUCAUCACCAUCCCAGGACAUGAAUUAUUACCCAACAAACAUGUUAAGAAAGAAAAAAAAAAAAGAAAGAAAAGAAAAAGCAAGAGCAGAUUAUCAAAAAGGAGAAAGAUGGGGUUGCCUUGAAUGACAAGCAUGUGGGGUGGGAUUUGAGGAUUGUGGGCCCCACGCACCCUCUUUUUUUUUUCUUUUUUUUUUUUAAAUCCUUGUUUCCCUUCUCUUUUGUUCUUUUUUCCUCUCUCUGUGUUGCCUGUGUAGGUGUGGGUGUGGGUGUGGGUAUUUGUAACUAUAACAGCUGUUUCAGCUCU